UGCCAGGUACUUUUCAACAAUGCAAUAAGUGAUGGUUUAUUGUAAACAAAUACAAGUUAAGGACGCUAGUCACUUCAGAAUAGCUCGCCGUUUCUGAAAACAAAUUCUCUAGCGUGGAUGACUUGCAAGCCUCACAAUGUGUUUAAACUUAAAGUGCUGUACAGCGAUUUAACAAGCCCUUUCUUUCGAUGCCACAUCUAGACAAUUGUUCAUCUUCAGCGCAGGUAUACAUAUGUAUAAGUCUAUACUGGAUUAGUGACUAUGCCUGGUGUAUUUGGGAAAGGAGGAGCUGCAAAGCUAGUGGCUCUUAUUGGGGUUGCAGGAUCCUCGUCUCAGCGACAUGGUUUAUGCAUAAUAUUUAUAUGGAUUUUCCUUUUCAAAGCGUAUGCACAGAUGUAUGAAUUAUGUCAGCAUUGGACAACAUUGAAUAACUAUGUUUUGGAUAUUGCUAAAUCUCAGUGAACAAUUUCCCUGUUUACAGAAAUCCAGGGCUAUUGCCCGGGCAUCGUCACAAAACUGUGUUGCCCAUUUGAUUUGGAAAUGAAUUUAUGUUUCCAGAAUCAGUCACAUUACUGUUCAUUUAAGUAUCUCCCUUUCUAAAUGCACAUUAGAAUUGAUUUUGUGUGUAAGCCCUUAAAACAUAAAUGUUCAGUACAAUUCCUAAUUCAGUGUUAUGUCUGCUUGCUUUGAAUACAUUUGUUUAUGUGGAAGCACACAUGAAAUGUGUAAUUACCUAACUUCAUAUGGUAAUGUGAGAAGUAGGUGCAAUGCUAUGUUGGUAUGUGUAGAAAUUAUGAGACAAUGUUGCUAUGAUUACAGUGAUACACUUUUUGUUCUGAACACAUAAUAUUGUUUUGGUAUCAGAGUAGUAUCUUUAGAGAGAAAACAGGACACAUGAAUAGACUUUUCACUUCCUCUUGGCGGAAAUGUGUUUUAGAAUGGUGUUAUGUAGAGGAAGUUGUCAAUUUGUUUGUUAUGGUUUACAAUGAUGAGCAUGAAUUGCAUCUUCAGUUCUGUGCAGUAACAUAUGUAUUGAUACAAAGAUGUCACAUACCUAUUCAAUUCAGUAUUGAGAGUAAAAUAAAAGUAAGCGCAUGCAGUUUCUGUUGGCAUUGUUCAGUCAAGUUUGUCUAGAAUUUCUAUAGAUGCAUACAUCAUUUACUAUGUGAAAGCCACAUAUUUCAGAGGGUUUUUUCCCCUUGUACAACAGACUGACAGUAUGAAAUUGUUUUCCUAAUAGGUGUACUCUCCAAUUUAUUCUUCUCAGUACCCCUUGUUUUACAGCCCCAAUAAUUAGAUUUGUGCAGAUCCAUGCCCUCUGGUCCUCAUAGAAUUUAAAGAUAUUUUUCAGGUCGAAGUGAGAUUAGGAAUAAUAAUUUACCUGAUACACACACACUCCAUAGGUGUCUUCGUUAAACUGCGUGAGAGGGUAGAACAGUUCUUUAACAACGGAUCACAUUUUGACCCCUUGACCGGUUCCAUUUUCUGUAAAUAGACAGCCAUUUCAAAUUGAGUUCAACUGAGGACAAACGUGGGAGUGAGGCGUCACAUAUAGGCUGCAAAAGUGUCAGUAACAGUGCCAGAUGGUGGAACAUAAUAAGAAUAAAGUCACACAUUUGAUGGACUCGUGGUGAGAAGAGUGAGGACCAGGAGGGCUCCACGGAAAAGACGCUACCACAGACGCAGAAAGUGAAGAAAGGCAGAAGGGACCGCCAUGAGGUCGAGAAGAAGGUGGAGUCCACCACAUCAGGUCCGCCGCCGCAUCCUCCUUCAUCAGAGGAGCCAGCAGGUGGGAUGGUUUCUGGGAAAUCGGAGUCAAUGGACCCUUCCUCCAGAGCCAGCUCCGAGGCUCCAGAAUCCUCAGCCUCCACGAAGCAGCGGCGGUCCAUCAUACGAGAUCGCGGGCCGCUGUACGACGACCCCUCGCUACCACAGGGCUGGACGCGUAAACUGAAGCAGCGCAAGUCAGGCCGGUCCGCCGGCAAGUAUGACGUCUACCUAAUCAACCCGGAAGGGAAGGCGUUUCGUUCCAAAGUGGAGUUAAUGGCGUACUUCCAAAAAGUAGGGGAUACCACCACGGACCCCAAUGACUUUGACUUUACUGUCACCGGUCGGGGGAGCCCCUCCAGACGUGAAAAGAAGCCUCCAAAGAAGCCCAAGGUGGUAAAGCCAUCAGGAAGGGGACGGGGUCGCCCUAAAGGCAGUGGCAAGCUGCGUCAAGCCACCGAAGGGGUGGCCGUCAAGCGUGUUGUGGAAAAGAGUCCUGGAAAACUGUUAGUCAAGAUGCCCUUUGGAGCAGCCAAAGCAGAGGUGGCCGCUACCUCAGGACACGUCACCGUUGCCAAAAUGCGGCCAGGGCGGAAAAGAAAGUCGGAAACGGAGCCCCAGAGCGCUCCGAAAAAACGCGGCCGUAAGCCGGCGUCGGCAACCACAGGUGGGAUGAGUUCGGGCAUGUCUUAUGCUGCAGCCGCCAUCCUUUCAGCAGAGGCUAAGAAGAAAGCCCUGAAGGAGUCUUCCAUGAAGCCAGUGCAGGAACGGGCGCUGCCAAUUAAGAAGCGCAAGACGAGAGAAACCAUCGAGGCGGCUGAGAGCCCCGGCCCUGUCACCUCAGAGACUGGCACAGGGUCCGGGAGUGGGCCUGAGGCGUUGAAAAAAAGCAGUGGCCCGACGGCAGGGACGACCGUUGGAGAGGGAGGAGACGAGACAGAGCAUGGACGCCUGCCCAAGAGUCUGGGGAGGAAGCACAAGGAUGUCCCUCAGGACCCCGGGAAUGGAGCCAGCGGGAGCAGUGGCACCGGCACCGGCACCGGGUCCAGUACAAGAUCCGGCAGCGGCAAGACUUCCCAGAAGAAGAAAGAGCGUGGAGGCCAGCAGCCGAAGCACCACCUUCAUCACCAACAGGACCCACUGCUGGAGCAGGAGAUUGCUUCCUUCUCUCCCCAGGCACACCAGCUGUCCCUGGGCCACAGCACGCAAGGGGGCCCUCCGGCCUACCUGGAGAGCGAGCCUCAGGACCUGAGCACGACCACGCGGCUGAGGCAGGAAGUAGUGACAUGUCAAGAAGAGACCAGAACCGGAAGUUGUGCCUCCAAAACGACGCAGGUGAUCUCGUCCGACCUCAAAGGCAAGCAUCAGGCCAGCGAGGCUGGGGAGGGGAGGGAGCUGAAAGACAUUGUGCCUCCCUCUGCAGUGCCCAGACCAAGCAGGGAGGAGACAGUGGAAUCCAGGACACCAGUGAGCGAGAGAGUGAGCUGACUGACUGAGCAGUGUCUGGGAAAGAGUGGUUGGCAGCGGGAAAAGGAGGAAUUUUUCGAUUUUGUUUUCCAAAAAAGAAAAAAAAGAAACAAACACAGCGACAAAAAAAAGAAAAAACACACACACAUAACCCACACAUACAAACACAAAAUGUAUACAUACUUAAACUAAAAGGCAGCUGAUAUGACAUGUUCUCUCUGUGGGUUGGGCAGUUUGAUAAAUCACAAAAAAAAACAUAUUGCUUCCCGGUUAGAAAUUUCAACUUUUUAAAAAUGGCUCUUGUUCUUUUUUUUUUUUUUUUUCUUUUUUUAUGUACAGUCACAGCAUCCAACAUCUAUACCAUUAUCAAAACUCUUCUCAAGACUUCAAGGUAAUGACAAGCAUUCACAUCAGUUCAAUCCGGCCAUAUUUUAUUACAACACACCCCUCUUGGCUUAAUCGACCAUAAUCACUUUUUUCUUGUUUUACUGCAGUCAGCGGGUAUGUCAAACAUGCACUGUAGGUGUUCUUCUUUACAUAGAGAGCUAUAGGCCUAGCUGCUUUUUAUCUAUAAGUUAAAGUGUGGAUCCUCACCUUUAGGGAUUUACCAAGAGAAGUGGUUGGAAGGUGACUGAUAAGAACUUCCAUUGGAGUGCUGUUUAAAAAUAUCUGAUAGCAAAUGUGUAUUUGGGGUGAUCGACUGAUGUCAUCUGAGGUCAGGUGUUUCCGUUUUCCCAUGAAGGUUCUUCACUUCUGAACCCUUUCACAGGGGUGCAUCUGCAGUGGACAGGAGAGGCAUUUCUUUUUAAGUAUCAGAAGAUGGUCAUGUUCAGGACGGCAUGAGAUCAUGGUACUGAGAUUGUUUUUUUCUCCUUUGUUUUCAAACUUGUGUGUGAUGCAUAGGAGGCUAAAGCACAAACAAAAGAAAAUGUCUGGAAGCACAGUCUAGCCCCUCCCAACCCCCCAACCUCUCGGAAAUGAGCAGUACGCUAAAGAUUUGCAUGUCCCCAAAUUUUACACUGAACAAACAAACUCAGUUUUCGUCUAUUUUCAGUCAUCCUGGUUAAUGACGCUUGUCAAUUGAGGUAAAACAGAUCAGCAGCACUUUGCAUUAUGGAGCAAGGUUGUAGGAACUUAAAACGAUAAAAACAAAGCUCUUUCCAAAGCGCUUGUCAACAUGUUGCAAGUUAGUGUGCUUUGUCAUUAAUGUCGAUACCUAAAAAAUAAUUGGGGGUGGACUUAGAAAUUGGCUCUUUGUGAAGUCUUUCUCUGAGGGUUUUAUGCCAUGUCCAUUUCAACCAUAAUGUUGCGAAAUAGAGUGGAAUGUGUAUCUAUUUUCAAAUAGUUUAUACCUAAAUGAUUGCCUGUCUUUUUCAAGCCAAUGUAGUGCUUAUGACUAUUAAUCCAGUACGCUGGCACCAUGGGAUAUUUCUUAAAUGAAAAUCAGCUUUGAAGUCUGGCUCUAACUUGAGAGAGAUUCACUGAUUCCUGCACAGAAUUUCAAGCUGUGAAGAUUUCUUCCACAAAAUGAGCAUAAGUUGAGGAAUACAGGUCAAGGAAGGUAUUUUUUGUCAAGGGAGUUUGUUUAUUGAAGAACGUCAAAAACCCUAGGCAGUAUAUGUAAAUUAAACCUGAUUUCAUUUCAGAUGAAAAGCACCUUAUUUUUAUGAUGGUUCAACUAUUGUUGUGAAAUACAAAUGGAUUCUAGAUAGACCAAGCAGAGUUGAGGCCCUCUCCCACCAUAAGCUGAAUCUGUUGGUUUGCCUAAUGUGACUUGGCUCUGAUGUCCGUUUCAUGUCCGGAGGUUGAGGCAUUAACAAAACCUGAGGAAUUUUGGAAACAGGUUAACAUUUAUUCCCAAAUGUGCUUAAAGUGUGUAAUAUACAAUACAACACAGACUGUCUUGGUUUGGGCUAGUAUAUUACCGAUAUUCAAGAAUUGCCCAUGAGCAAAAUGAAGAUGUACAGUUUAAAUAUUAUCUUAGUAAGAGUGCUCCCAGAGCAACUUGAUCUUUCUUGUUUUACUUAGACUGGUAUACAGUCUCUAAAAGCCUUUCCCUCUUAAAAAUCCAUAUUACUGUGGGUUAUUGCACAUUGGGCGUAUGAUUGUUUGGAAUAAUUUAAAUGCGCCGUUGCCUAGACAUUAAUCAAGAUAUCUUUUUAUUUUAAGAUAAUUAGGCCUAAAUCCAAUGCACUUACUGCACUGUUUGUGAAUUUGUGUAUAUUCACACUCCAACAGAUAGAAAUGACCUAUUCAUACGUAUGUACAGAGUAAACACCAAACCCCUUACGACACCUGUUUGGACUGCACAAAAUGUGCUGAUUUAGUGCCGCAGAUUUAACGUUUUUCACAUUUGCAUGUGAAUACACAGAUCUGUGGAUCUUUCCUAUUGUGAGCUUUAGGUUGUAUGUAAAAUGUUAUAUACAAUUUUCAUUGUAUCAUACCAAAAUAUGUUUUUCUAGAUCAAUAUGUAGAUCUUAUGAAUAGUGACAAUCACUAAGAAUUUAUUUGGCGUAACAAAACGUUUGCCUAUUUUUUUUUGCGUUUGUUUUAGUAAGCUCUCACUUUUAAAAUGAAAAAAGGCAUGAAAGCGAAAUGGAUUGCCUCAUCCUCCACUUGCUUUCCCCUCUUCCUCGACCCCAACAAGUGGGACAGGACAUGGAGAAAAAUAGAGCAUCUCGCUCUAUCAAGGGCUACAUCAUAUUUUCAACCUGGCAAAAUGAUAGUGGUUGCAAAAAACCCAAGAAAGCAAGAAAGACCUGAUGUACCAUUAAUAGUAGUACACCACUGCUAAUGACUUAGAAAGGGAAAGAGAUUUUGAACACUGUUGUCUCACUUUUGUAUUUAGCACCAGAUUUUAACACAAUCCAGUACCAGAGGCAAAUAUCCUGACUGAAAUGUUGGGUGUCAUCUUGUGCGUCUGACUGACCUGGAGGGGGAAGCCAGGGGAGGAUGUGGGUAGCUACCGUUUUCCACUCAGCGAAGCAAACAAAUUUCUAGUCGAAACAACCGCUUAGUCACAAAGGUGACUAAUAUCAAUACGGUUGGAUCUGUUUAACAUGACAUUCGGUUAAAGAAAGUAUGUAACUGAAUGACUAAAAUAAAAGAACAUAGCCUUGCAAAACCUCCAGACAUGAACUGCAAGUGUUAUGCCUUCCAGAAAAGUCUACAAUCUGCACUGUUGACUUUAGGAAACCAACAAACAUGGCUCCAUUUGAAAUGCGUGGACAGCCUGGCUGCAGCAGAAAGGGUAGUGCCUUGCUUAAGAGAUUGACUUAGGUGAUAGAAGUGGCCUUUGAUUAAAUUACUUAUCUUUCAACCCAAUAAAGACAAAAAAAAUCUAUAGUGGACUCAUUGAUCAUUUUUAAAUGUGGGAUCUUGCAUUGCCAACUACUGAAAAUAUAAUUUUGGUCAGUAACAGGUUGUUUGUGAAUGGUUUGUGAAUUAUAUAACCUGAUAUCCUUUUAUUUUCCUUGUGAUACUUUUGUAUGCUUGAGGCCCUUUGUCAUACACAGGGCUUCAAGUGAGAACCACACUCAUGAAACUGUUUCAUGAGCCUCUGGCCAUGGAACAUGCUAUCUAUGGAAUGUCCUUGUGUUUCCCUUCACUCCAAAUACAUGCUAUAUAAUGUAUGUGCACAUGUAUCUGUAUGCAUGAGUGCCACUAGAGGAUAGGACAUUGCUUGCCCUAUGAUGUUCUAAUUCAUUGAGGAACCAUACCCUAUUCAAAAGCUGUGGUCUCACCAAAAAUUGACUGGUAUUUAGCUUAAUAUAGAAGUAGGAAUUUUUACAUUCAGCAGUUUUAAACAAAAGGCUGUGAGCAUGUGUGCAGAAGUGUAGUUAUACAGAUGAAUUCCAUCAUUUGUAUUCAAGGUAAACAUUCACCGCAACACCUGACGGAACAUUACAAAAAAGUAAAGCAGUCCUAUUUGAGUUAUUUCUGUAAUCUGAGUUUUCUGUGCCCACCACAGUAGAUUGUUUCAAGGAUUAGAUAUAAGUACGUUUUUGUUUGUUGAUAAUUAUGAUACUUUUCUUAUAGAUAUAAAUCAUAUACUCAUAUUUGGGAUAUGAAACGAUUUCAAUUACCCCCUCUCCCUUCCAAGCAAUAGUGUACUGAGUAGAUCUGUUUUGAUUUACCCAUUACUUUAUACAUGUUGAAAUUUAAUAGGCUGUUGUAUGUGUUGUAUGAAAAGUGCAAAAACAUUUUUAUGUUAUAUUGCCUGAAUUAAUUGAGACUAACCAACUUAACUGAAGUAAACUACUUGACAUCAAACUAAUGUAAGGAAUGCCCAUUUGGGAUCAAGUAGAACACACAAUUAACCUGAAGCUGUUGACUCCAGAUGUGCAGGAGUGAAAAGUUUAUGGUGGAUUUAACAUAGUCUUGUGCCUUGAAGUUUAAGUAAUAGAACUUAUCUUUAUACUGUAGUUGUAUUUUUAUUCUGAGUCCUGUGUUUGCCUCUUGUCGGUCUUCAGUGCUUUGGGUGUUCUAGGGAUUUGUAGAGAUCAACCAUGUGUUUGCCUACUAUUAUGUUUCAUAAUGGUAUAAAGGUGAAAGGUAUUGGGGCAAUAAUGACAGUUUCACAAAACAAAAAAAAACAUCAAUUUGGUAAUCUGCAUAAGGCUGUACAUUUCAGCCACUGGACAAUAUUUGGGAGUAGUGAGAUGUCUCCAUCUUAGUACAACAUCAAGAAAAUUGGCCCAUAGCUUGGCUUACAUGAUAUCUUCCAACUCUGGCUUCAAAAUUUGAGAGAAUGACAAGUGGGUUCUCCAGCCAUGACCAUUCUGACAAUGAGUUUAAUAUCUGCACUUUAUAAAGUAUGUUGCGUGGCAGGACAUCCAUUACCCUUUUGUAUGUAUUUUUUACCUUUGUCCAAAGUUGUUGUUUUAUUUUCGUAUUUUUAAUUUAGAGUUAAAAGGGAUGAAAAGUUCUAUAUCAACAAAUUUAUUUUAACAAAACAAUCCUACUAUCUAGGUGUCAGUGGUUACUCACCAUUUGCCAAGCUAAGUCCUUGCCUUCCUGAAAGUGAAAAGUAUAGUUUGUGUCUACUUUUAUAGUACUGUGUUACUGUAUUAUUUGUUUGCCGUAUGUAACUGAAACAAAAUAGUAAACAACAUUUACCUGC